UGGCAGCUGAGCAUCCUCCCACAUCCACGGAGAGGAGAGGAGAGAAGGAGGAGAAGUGAAGAGGAGGAGAAGAGGCCACGCACAAACACCGGGGACACAGAGUGAGAGGAUAACUGAGAGAACACAAACAAACAGCGGGAAAUGAAGCAGCACCUGCGGAUUUUAGUGGAGAACAUCUGAGAGGAACAUAUUCAGCUGCUUUGCUGCAAGUGGACGGUUUUUCCUGCAGAGACACAGAGAGGACACAGAGAGGACACAGAGGACAGGCGUCGAUCAUGCAGCACUACGGAGUGAACGGAUAUUCUCUCCACGCCAUGAACUCGUUGAGCGCCAUGUACAACCUCCACCAGCAGGCGGCGCAACAGGCCCAACACGCACCUGACUACAGGCCAUCAGUGCAUGCGCUCACUCUUGCAGAGAGACUUGCUGGCUGCACAUUUCAAGACAUUAUCCUUGAGGCCCGGUAUGGCUCCCAGCACCGAAAACAGAGGCGGAGUCGCACAGCCUUUACUGCCCAGCAGCUGGAGGCCCUGGAGAAAACCUUCCAGAAGACCCACUAUCCUGACGUGGUGAUGCGAGAACGUCUGGCCAUGUGCACCAACCUACCUGAGGCACGCGUGCAGGUCUGGUUCAAGAACCGUCGGGCCAAGUUUCGUAAGAAGCAACGCAGCCUGCAGAAGGAGCAGCUCCAGAAACAGAAGGAGGCGUCAGGAGCAUCAGAGGGCUCUACAGAGGAAUCCAAAACUGACCUCACCACCACCAACAGCACUGCAACCGCCACCACCGUGGUUCCAGAGGCCCGCACUCCUCCUCUACCUACCUCCCUCUCAUCCUGUCCAACAGUGACAGAGACGCUGGAGGCGGUGCGGCCUCAGCCUGGUGAGAUGAGUGUGGAAGUCAACGUCACCUCCCCUGAGCCGUCAGACAGCGAGUCAGCAGCAGAAGAUAAUGCUGACAGGGAGGAGGAGGACAUGAGGGGGGAGACGAGGGUGAAGAUCAGCGAGGAGACACAGGGGGAGAGAGGAGUGCAGCCCGGGAGCAGCUCCCCUUCCUGUAAACGCCUCAGCCCAACAUCAGACUCUCCCCUGAGCUCCCCGGCCUUUCCGUCCUCCAGCAGCGUGACUAGUGGUUUGGCUCAGAGCAACUCGUACGCUUCGUCUCCCCUCAGCCUCUUUCGGCUACAGGAGCAGUUCAGGCAGCACAUGGCUGCCACCAACAACCUGGUGCACUACCCGUCGUUCGACAUGAGCACACCAUCGUCUCUGCCCUACCUGGGCAUGAACGUCAACAUGCCGUCCCCACUGGGCUCGCUGCCCUGCCAGUCCUACUACCAGACCCUGUCCCAGGCCCAGCAGGUGUGGAACAGCCCGCUGCUGCAGGCAGCAGGUGGCAGCCUCAACAGCAAGACGACAAGUAUUGAGAACCUGCGUAUGAGGGCCAAGCAGCACGCAGCCUCAUUGGGAUUGGACACACUCCCCAACUGAAGCUCAGGCUGCUCAGUCUACAUGUGGCCUCUGCUCUGGCCCGUAGCCAUGUCCUCAAAAGGCAACUCUGGUGUCUUUUCACUUUUCUCUCAACCGCCUUCAUCAAAUAUGUGUGUCUACGUUAAAAGAAAAAAAAGGAUUGAAAAAUAUCACAGAUUUAAAAUGAAGCUUUUUCUUUUGGUUGCCCUGUUGUGUCCAAAUCUGUCCAAAUUUAAGCAUUUGUAAAAAAAAAAUUAUCCCGGUUUGUUUCAUUAUUUAACUAUGGCUGAGGAUAUUUUGUUUGCACUUUACCAGAAUUGAACUCAAACCAAUUUAGAAAACAACAGAGCAGCGUGAGAAACAGAAGAAGCAACAAAUGAAUGCCACAAAAAGCAGGAACUCUCAACACAGCACAUCUCAUGUGCAUGCAGCUUGCCAGAACCUGAAGAACAUAUCUGCUGGACAGACCUCAAGAGUAUACCACAGACUUAAAGAACUUCAUUAAGAAAGAAAAAUGGAAAAAUCCCAUCUGGACUGGAGCCAUGACUGAACAGUACUUUCUGCCUCUUUGGCCUGAAUGUGAACAUAAUGCAUGUGUGUGCACCCUCUACAGCAUGGCUUACAGCUGCACAACAGAGGCAGAGUAAAGUCACAUCCCAUCAUAAUCAGAAAUAAAUCUCACGCUAAAGAACCAAUCACUUUAAUCCCCGUGCCAAAUGUUUUUUUGUUUUGUUUUUUGCAAACAACACAAUAUUGCCGUUGUUUAAAGUCACAGCUUAGCCUGUAAGAAUCUAUUGAGCAUUGUAAAUAUUCCCUCAGUGUUUGCCUCCACCUGCCUGCUCCAAGAAUACCGUAACUCCACGUCUCCUUUUGUGUGACAAAUCUGACAGGAGAUGUUCAGUUUAAUAUUUCUCAAAUGUGGCUUUGAAAAAAAAAAAAAAAAAAAAGGGACC